AUGGCAGCAGAACAGGCAUUUGUCACUCUGACCACAAACGAUAGCUAUGCAAGAGGAGCUAUGGUGCUUGGAAAAUCUCUUAGGAACCACAAGACUUCAAAAAAGCUGGUGGUGCUCAUUGGACCCCAUGUGUCCAAUCAGACAAGGGCAGUUCUUCAUAAGAUCUUCGAUGAAGUCAGGGUAGUGGAUGUGUUGAACAGUGGGGACACAGCAACCUUAACCAUGAUGAAGAGACCUGAUCUGGGUGUCACGUUCACCACCCUGCACUGCUGGACUCUCACACACUAUUCCAAAUCUGUGUUUAUGGAUGCAGACAAGCUGGUGGUAUCAAACAUAGAUGAGCUGUUUGACAGAGAGGAGCUGUCUGCAACUCCAGACCCCGGCUGGCCUGAUUGUUUUAACUCUGGUUUGUUUGUGUUUUGCCCAUCUAACGAAACCUACAGCAAACUUCUGAAGUAUUGCAAAGAGCACGGAAGCUUUGACGGAGGAGACCAAGGAGUUCUGAAUGGCUUCUUCAGCGACUGGACAACAGCCGACAUCAACAAACACCUUCCCUUCAUCUAUAACAUGAGCAGCAUAGCCAUCUACACGUACCUUCCAGCGUUUAAACAAUUUGGUGCAAAUGCAAAGGUUGUGCACUUCCUGGGCGAGAUGAAGCCAUGGAGCUACACGUAUAACCUCACGCAGGGGAGAUUGAGAGGAGACGUGCAGGCCUCGUCUCAGCCCGGCUUCCUGCUGCAGUGGUGGGCUCUGUACAGCGCCGAGGUGCUGCCCGCUCUGAUCCGAGAGUAUGGAGACCAGCGCUUCGACUCCGGCUGUGAGGAGGAAGCUGUGGAGAGCGAGGAGCGUGUUCAGCCGCUCGUGUCCUCAGCGGAGCGCCGGCAUCUCUGGGAACAGGGCCAGAUCGACUACAUGGGAAUAGACUCUUUUGACAACAUUCAGAAAAAGCUUGAUGUUUUCCUGAAAUAGAAAGUCAAAAACACAAAUUUGAGAGGGUAUUACUAUUCAGCUAUGCAAGACUCAUCACACUCUCCAUCUUCCUCAUUCAAACAUUUAUUACUAGUUGCCAGAACUUAACUUUUGAACCUCGUGCAAAAUGUGAAUUCUGAAGGGCAUGGCAACUAAUGGAGUUUGGGGCCAGCUUUCUCUUUCACAUACUCAGUGUCCAUGUUUUAAAGACGCAGUCCAGGCAUUUUUUGGACUUAUACUGACACCUAGUGAUCUGGAUUCAUUAUCAUACAGUAGGAAGAGUUUUCAGUCACCAAUACCAAUGUACAAAC